AUGACGCUGCUCUCCAAGAUAACUCAGUACCGUAAGCGUGACGCUGCUCUCCAAGAUAAAUCAGCGCCUGAAGACCUCACCGGUCACCGUGAAGACCACACCGGCCACCGUGAAGACCACACCGGUCACCGUGAAGACCUCACCGGUCACCGUGAAGACCACACCGGUCACCGUGAAGACCACACCGGUCACCGUGAAGACCUCACCGGUCACCGUGAAGACCACACCGGCCACCGUGAAGACCACACCGGCCACCGUGAAGACCACACCGGCCACCGUGAAGACCACACCGGCCACCGUGAAGACCACACCGGCCACCGUGAAGACCACACCGGCCACCGUGAAGACCUCACCGGCCACCGUGAAGACCACACCGGCCACCGUGAAGACCUCACCGGCCACCGUGAAGACCACACCGGCCACCGUGAAGACCACACCGGCCACCGUGAAGACCACACCGGCCACCGUGAAGACCACACCGGCCACCGUGAAGACCACACCGGCCACCGUGAAGACCACACCGGCCACCGUGAAGACCACACCGGCCACCGUGAAGACCUCACCGGCCACCGUGAAGACCACACCGGCCACCGUGAAGACCACACCGGCCACCGUGAAGACCACACCGGCCACCGUGAAGACCACACCGGCCACCGUGAAGACCACACCGGCCACCGUGAAGAUCACACCGGCCACCGUGAAGACCACACCGGCCACCGUGAAGACCACACCGGCCACCGUGAAGACCACACCGGCCACCGUGAAGACCACACCGGCCACCGUGAAGACCACACCGGCCACCGUGAAGACCACACCGGCCACCGUGAAGACCACACCGGCCACCGUGAAGACCACACCGGCCACCGUGAAGACCACACCGGCCACCGUGAAGACCACACCGGCCACCGUGAAGACCACACCGGCCACCGUGAAGACCACACCGGCCACCGUGAAGACCACACCGGCCACCGUGAAGACCACACCGGCCACCGUGAAGACCACACCGGCCACCGUGAAGACCUCACCUGA